UCAAACUGGAAAAUGGCAAAACCAAAGAUGAAGCUGUUUAUUUUUCUUAUCCUUUUUGGUGUUCUAACUGUUAUCUUCAUUUCAAAAUGGAACCAUAAUUUCAGGCAUGCUGCUGUUUACAUCGCUGGAAAUCUGUAUUGGGGCACACCAUCAUCUAUAAGCAGUAGUUUGGAUAUACACAAUACCCCUAUAUCUAUGAAGUCUAUAAUCCCCAUUAAAAACUCAAGCCAUUUUGCAGUGUCUGCAUUCAUUGAUCACAGGAUCAGUAAAGCUAUUCGAGUUAUCAGCAUAAUAAAAAGAAACAGCAUGCAGCCACUUUAUUGCGUCUACUGCAACAAUGGCAAAGCAUGCAGGUUUACUAAAGCUAGAAUUGAGAUACACAGUGAUCAUUUUGAUUUCCCAUUUGGUGCUUCAGAUGUGCUGUGCCAGGGCAACCACACCCAAAAUGCGACUCAUGUUGCCAUUUCAGCUGAAAUUUCAGACAUUAAUUACCUAGACUUCCUGCCAGUAAAGAACAGAGUGAAUAAUGAAUCAUUAAAGUACAACUUCACCAUCUGUAUCUCAAGUCUUUUUGGGGACUACAAUAAUGUUCUGCAGUUUGCUCAAAGCAUGGAGAUGUACAAGCUUCUUGGUGUCCAACGAGUCGUAAUCUACAACACCAGCUGUGGUUCUGACUUGGACAAACUCCUACAGCACUAUGAGAAAGAAGGAAUUCUAGAGAUUGUGCCAUGGCCUAUUGACCAGUUCCUUAAUCCAUCUGCAGGAUGGAAUGGCAAAUUGCAUAAAGGGGAACUCCAGUACUAUGGCCAGUUGGUAACACUCAAUGAGUGCAUUUAUAGACAUAUGUAUCAGUCCAAAUAUGUCCUGUUGAAUGACAUUGAUGAGAUCAUCAUGCCCUAUAAAUAUGCUAACCUUGCUUUACUGAUGGAGGAUCUGCAACAGGAGCAUAAAGAUGUGACUGUAUAUCUCAUAGAGAACCACAUAUUCCCCAAGAUGCAGUUUGAAGAAAGUGGCAAGUUUUGCAGGCCAGAAUGGAAAAAUAUUCCUGGUAUCAAUAUUAUGGAACACAUUUACAGAGAACCAGACAGAAAGAACAUCUACAACCCCACAAAGAUGAUCAUCAACCCCAGGAACAUGAUGCAAACCUCAGUGCAUUCCAGCCUGCAACACAUUGGAAAGGUCUAUCGGGUUCCUCCCGAUGUGUGUAGGAUCAUUCACGUGAGAACACCACUACAGAGGAGUCUUACCAAGGAGCAAUUAUUUGUUGACACAAGAGUGUGGGACUUUGCACAAGAGCUGAUAACAAAUGUUAAUAGGGCACUAAAAUUAUCAGGUUUGUUGAAAAGUCAAGAGUGAUAUGGGUUUUUUGUUUGUUUGUUUUUUUGUUUAGGUACAGGUAAAGGUACAUGUAAAGGUACUUCUCU